GGCACAUGCUAAAUUCACAGAGGAGCAAAGACAGGAGUACAAGCGAAAUGGCUUUGCAUUUAUGAACGAGGACCAAUUGAAGUUGAUCUACGACUCAAAAGUCCGUACCCGACGUCAAGCAUCAGGGCCACCAGUAGGUGAUCCGCCUAUACCCGGUGAAAGUGAACAAGAGCUAGAAGAAAGAGGAGUACGAAUCAAUGGUAUACUUUUCCAAACGUUGGAACCCUACGCUUUUGAACCAGAAAUUGGUACUGGUGCAGCACUAGAAGUUGUCACAUUAUCUCCGCAUGCUUUCAUUCCAGAGAUAUUGUUUCCAAGAGCAUUUAGGCAAGAAACUUUGACGCCACGUGCUUUCAUUGGAGCAGUUCUAUCGCCUAACGCUCUGAUAGCGCGGAUACUUUCUCCUACUGCUCUACGUCUAGAGAUACUCUCGCCUCGAGCAUUGCAUGCAUGGGUGCUGUCACCGCAUAUACUCGGUGGUCCUCACUCUCACGAAGAAGCAUUCCAUCAAGUUGCCGAGUUCGGAUCACACAGUCCUCAUUACCACGGUGACUCUUCCCAUGAAAGGGAGGAAGGUUCACAUCACAGUCACGAACUCGACAACGAACUGUCACUGGAGUCUUAUCCAGGGCUUUCAAGCAUUACCGGCCAUAUUCGUCACCGACAUGGUGGACAAGGAGAUGCU